AUGUUGUUACAGAGGCGUGUGUGCGUACCAUCCCGCCCGUCUGCUCGUCGCCAGUGGUGUGGACGGCAGGGCUCGGGAUCGGUACGGGUCGGCUGCGACUGCUGCACGGUGCAGGCGUCCAAAAGGAACUUUGGAAUUGUAGUAGUCGAUGUUCUCGCUUUCGAGGCUGUCAGCCCCGAGUCGCAGACAACAUUCUCGAAAACAUCUGCCGUUUAUGUUGUCUCAGCCCUACAAAGUUUGAAGCUGAGGCGGCUGCUCACGGCAAUCAUUCCCCGUUAUCGGACUACCGGAAGAAGCCUCACUCCAUCCCUGGAUGAUAUCAUCGCCAUAUCAGCCCCCAAACACGCUGCAAGAGCCUUGAUGAUGUCUGGGUCGAUCGGCGUCGUCAGUCACGGCACGCACGUGUUGCAGGUCACGCAAUAUCACCAAUCGUCGGUCAGGCACACCACGUUAUCGCUGAUCGGCAAGCCGAUCAGAAUCAAAAGCUGGAGUCGGGAGCCAGGACAGAUGACUGACAUCAUGAUGGGACGAAUGCGACCGGAGCCGCCAAGCCCGCGCGAAGAGACAAGAACGAAGGAACCAGGGAGCCAGGCUGCCAGGGUAACACGAAGGACCGAGUUGACAGCCAGGCUAACGUUAAACCUCAAGAUGCAGGAUCUUGGGAGGCGUCCACUUGGACAGGGCUCGGACCACAGCGCAGCAGUGGGUGGUGCGAUCGAUUCCGGUACCGAACUGGGGGUUGAUCAGAACCUGGAAAGGUGCAGCAGCCGGACGUUACAACGGUUUUGAGAGCCAACCCUUGCUCCUGAUGCGUUGUCCAAGAUCCGUGCUGGUAUUCGUACCCGUGACGAGGGAGCAGCGCCCGUUUGCAGGGAACCAAGAUGCUGCCAUGUUGAGAGCCCGCAAUCUGAUCAAUUCAACCCAAGAUUCAUUGGAAGAUAUGCGGGCUUGCUGCUCGCACAUGCAUCCUCAUCACGCGGUGAGCUCUCCCCGGCCUCGUCGGUCCUGCAACACAACGGGUCAGAUGGGACUCGGUGGACUGAUGAGACUG